AUGAAGGAAGUGAAGGACACACGCUGGCUCUCUCAGCACAAGGCCAUCGAGACCCUACAGAGGAACCUGAGUGCAGUCAUUGGAGCCUUGGCAGGGGAAGCAGAAGUGAGGAGAUGUCCAGGGGCAAAGGGAAUCUACACAUUCUGUGCUAUGUACAGAUUUGUGGCAGCGGUUUACCUUCAGGCUGAUGUUUUGCCCCAUCUCACACGCAUGGCCAAAAUCUUCCAGAAGCCACAGGUCAACUUUCUACACAUCAAGCUGCAGACUCUGAAGGACCCCACUCUUGCAGCCAGGAAGGAUUUCCAGCGUGAGGCCGAGCUGCUGACCAACCUCCAGCACGAGCACAUCGUGAAGUUCUACGGAGUGUGUGUGGACGGAGACCCUCUCAUCAUGGUGUUUGAGUACAUGAAGCACGGAGAUCUCAACAAGUUCCUCAGAGCCCACGGGCCAGACGCCUUGAUCCUGGUGGACGGACAGCCUCUGCAGACCAAUGGGGAGCUGGGUCUGUCGCAGAUGCUUCACAUAGCCAGUGAGAUUGCAGCUGGGAUGAUCUACUUGGCGUCUCAACACUUUGUGCACCGUGAUCUGGCAACAAGGAACUGCUUGGUGGGGAAUGGCCUUCUGGUCAAAAUAGGAGACUUUGGCAUGUCCAGAGACAUCUACAGCACAGAUUAUUACAGGGCUCAGGCAGCCAAACUGACGGAAGAUAUCAUUUUCCUUCGGAGGUUCUCCUCCAUGUACAGACUGUUUGCCUGCAGUCAAACGGAACUCUGGGAACUCUGUGUGCAGCUCAUACUGAGCAGAUUGAUCAUCCAGGACUUCAGGGUCAAACAGAGUGCUAACCUUUGUCCUGCAAGCCUUUGA